GAGAAUUUAAAUAUGAAGAUGUAAAUGAUUUCACUCUUGAAACAAUUAAGAGCUUACCCUAUGAUGGGGAAUAUGGUUAUACAUUUCUCGUUGAUUUGGAUAUCCCAUUGGAAUUACAUGAUAAAUUUAAAAAUAGUCCAAUGUUACCCGAACAUUAUGUACCUAGUUAUGAUGAAUUAUCCGAAUAUCAAAAAGAAUUGAUAUCUGAAGGUAUAGAUAAAAUACGUUAUGAAGAUAGACAAAUGAUAGAUGAUGAUAAAGUGCUCGUUUUUUUUAAGAAGAUCUAUGGUGAUAAAGCUAAAUUGUUAGAAACUGAUACUGAUUCAUUUAUUAUUUAUGUGGAAACAGAUGAUCUUUACAUGGAUAUAAAAAACAACAUACAUUAUUUUGAUACGAGUGAUUAUAAAAUCGAUUGGAUGCCACAAUUAAGCAUGAGAUACAAUGGCAAUGAGAGCACAGCGCAUAAAAGUUUAUUACAAACAAAAUCUCAAUUGUAUCUCAAUUGUAUUAAUACGACUACUGGAUGCAAGAUCAAAGAUACCUCGUUUCUCGAGGCAUUUGGAAUAAAGUCGGAAAAAUCUCCGAGCUUGAAACUAUCGCAUCGUAAGGAAUCACACGAUAAUCAAAUUAUCAAAGGACAUUCCACAACUGCGAGAGAUGUUGUUUUACAAAGAUGUUCGCAAAACUCUUACUUAUCUUUCUCCUAUUGCUUCCCAGAUUCAUACUUGGAAUAUUGCCGCAAAAUUGGCGAAGGUGUUUACGGAGAAGUCUUUCUCUACGAAUAUUUUGAUAAGAAGUCAGUUAUAAAAAUUAUUCCUAUAGAGGGCGAAAAGUUGGUCAACGGCGAGGCGCAGAAAAAGUUUAACGAAAUACUGUCGGAAAUUGUGAUCGCAAAAGAAUUGGAUAAUCUGAGAUUAAAUACUACGUAUAAGACCAGCGGAUUUGUCGAAGUACGAAGUAUCAAAUGUAUCGUGGGAAAAUAUCCGAAGAGGCUUGUAGAGCUGUGGAACACUUAUGACGACAACAAGACAUCCGAUAACGAUUGUCCGUCGAUGUUCGACGAAAAUCAAUUAUACAUUGCUCUCGAACUUGGUGACGGUGGAGAGGAUCUCGAAGCUUUCGUCUUUCAAACCGCGGAGGAAGCCUGUGCUUUGUUUUUACAAACUGCAUUUGCAUUAGCCGUUGCCGAGAAGGCAUUCGAAUUUGAACAUAGAGAUUUGCAUUGGGGUAAUUUAUUGAUAUCGAGAACGAAAGAACCGUACGUGUAUUAUAAUCUUGACGAGAAAGAGAUCAGGCUGCCAAGCAAAGGUGUAAAGGUAUCGAUCAUAGAUUUCACCCUGUCGAGAAUGUUGUAUCAAGGAUGCUGCAUAUAUAACGAUCUUGCAUUGGAUCCGGCCUUAUUUACCGCACACGGCGAAUAUCAGUUUGAGAUCUAUCGUCUAAUGCGUGAGAAAAUUCAGAAUAAUUGGAAUAAGUUUGAACCAUACACGAAUAUCUUAUGGUUGCAUUAUACUUUGGAUAAGAUGAUUACAUCGGUAAGAUACAAAAGGAAGAACUUAAAAGUACAUAAACACGCUAUCCUCAGAUUGAAGGAAUUUAAGGACAUAAUUUUAAAAUAUGACAGUGUGUUCGAUUUUGCAACUGAUUCCAGCGUCGCGCAUUUGUAAUGCAAGCCGACGAGAAGAGAUGUCUCGGUAACUUUGUACAUCUUUAAAGAUAUUCUAUGUGACACUUGGUCACAUAUGUGUACAAAUCAAUAACGUUAGUGCUGUUCAAGACUGAAAAAAAUUACUGAUAAUCUUUCUUAAACUUUUACACUCUGCGCCUUGUAAUAAUUGUUUAUAAUUAAAAUUGAAUAACUUCGCGUUUUCCGUAGACUUUUUUACGCAUAUGAUAAUAAUGACCGUUAACGAAAAAAUUAAAUAAUUUUAUAUAUGAAAAAAAAUUCAAUCUUUGAAAUUCUUUAAUUAUUCUUUAUUCAAUAUAUGAUCUCUAUUCUCUAUUUUAUCGAUACAACAAUUGUUUAUCUUCAAUAUCUAAUAAAGUGACUUUACGUGAAUUAAU